AUGUCCUCUCUCUACCGUGUUGACAGUAUAAAGAGCAUGGGAAAAAGAGCGGUAUCCUCCGACCUCACAAGGAAGCUCUCCACCCGUCGAAUCUUAAGCAAGUUUCGAAGGGAUAAACUGAAGCCGAAGCUGAGAAGUUCCAAUGACAAUGAUAAUAGUGAGGGAAGCCUGGGUAGUCCUGAUAAAACAUUGAACAAUUAUCUGGUGUUGAGUGAUGAUGUACAGCUGACAACUCCAGACAUUGAAGGUUAUGCUGCCACUGACAAGCCUGUUGAUAAGGAUACAAUUGAUAAGAAUAUAAAUAAUCCAAUACCCCAUGCUGCUGAACUAGAGAAAGUAGUAAAUCCCGAAGAAACAAUAAAAGUAAAACAACAGGAGGAACUUGCAAAUGAUGUGUCAAAUAAUAUUCCUAUAAACCCUGAAAAUCAGGAAAGACAAGAGGAAAGUGCACCUCUUUUACCCAGAAACACUAACGAUAUUAAAGAUGCCGAAACUUCAAUUGAUGCACAUUCAAUAGAACCAAUUUUACAAUCAACACAGGAUAAUUCUAGAGGCCAGGCAAAACAUACUACGUUAUCUCAUCCUGCAUAUCCUGUCAUCGACGAUACCAUUCUUCUUCUAAGGUCUCCUCAGAGCUACGGGGCCAUAAAUAUAGUUGAUAUACCCGAAUCAUCAAGUUUGGUUGGUAAUCAUAUUCAUGUGGAUGAAGGAAACUCGCUAUUACCAAAACCGGUAACUGCACCUAAUAUUAUUGGGAACCAUUCUCGCAAAUGGCCUACCCGCGGGAAAUGGAUGGCUUCAAUUCUUAUCAUCGUCAUUGCUGGCUUACUAAUCUGGCAAUAUAUCGUCCAUCAAACUCUACUUCUUAUAACUUCAGUGUCAAAUUUUCAAGUGGAUAAUGUGCGGCUACAAAGAAUAGACAAUUCUGGUGUUUGCAUAGCUGCCAAUGGCUCGUUGAACUUCGACUUUGAAGAUCUUCAUGGCUGGAGACGUUGGUAUGGCCAAAUUUUCAGUAGCACUGUGAGAGAAGUUAGUGUUAUUGAGGCUGAGAAGGUUGGUGUGGCGAUAGAGUUGGUCAUUAUUGAUGAUAUUAAUGCUAUAAAUGAAAAUACUUUCAAGGUUGCAGAAUUUCAAUUGACAAAGCCAAUUGCUCUAGACUUUUUAGCAGAUUCUCCAAUGAAUAUUACUAAUCAAUAUAUUGAAAUCAAAGAAACUGAUAUGGCUGGUCUCUUGAGUGCCUUGGGCGACAUAUACAGUGGUAACAACUAUAAAGUUGAUAAUUUGAAAAUGUUGGUCAGUUUGGAUGUUCAGCAAUGUGAUGUUGAGUCAACAAUUUUAGGACUUAAGAUUCGCAAAAAAAUUAGCACUUCUUUGUCUCCUUUAUUGGAAUUAGAUCUUGAAGAAUCGAAACGUUUCUUUGAUAUCAAAAAGUCAGAUAUUAUAGGUAAAACUUUUCCAUUCACUAUAAUUGAUAAUGAUUUACUUUCGGUUGUUGUUGAUGAAUUUUCAAUCACUAGUACCAGUGUGCCCCAAGUUGAAAUAUUAGCUAAUAUUGAGUCAUCUGUGGAUUUUAAGAAAGACAUUGUUGAUUAUAAUGUUGGAUUGAAUGAGAUUUUAUGGUCUGUGAAGAUGCAGAAUUGCCAAGGAAAACUUGUGGAUUUGAUGGCUGUUAAUGUUGGGAAACUUGAGGUGGAAAAAGUGAGUAUGCAUAAAAGAAUUCAUAGCCUACAGAUACAAGUACAAAUUCCAGAAAUUUCUAAUAGUUUGCUUGAGGAUUGUGGUGACCAUUAUUCAAUUCUAAAUUCUUUGCUUAUUAACGUAUUAAAAGACUAUGACCCUCUAGAUGAACUGAUGCUAUUUAUAUCUGCUUCACAUUCCAAUAACCCAGCGUGGCUAAAUUACGUCCUUAGCAAUGUGGAAAUUCCAAUCAGUAUCAAUUUUUUGAAACGCUUUUUUACUAAUAGCAACAACUUCAUGGCUGCCAAGGGAGACUUUAUUAGCAAUUACUUGCUCGAUUUUGAGCUCAGCAAAUCUGAGCUUUAUUUACCAAAACAAGUUUCUGAAAAUGAUAUUAAUCCAGUGUUGACCAGUUUGGAAAGUACCAUUCAAUUUAGAAUACCUGAUUUCAUUGACAGUACACAUAAUAUAAUUGAAUUUCAAGUAGAUUCGUUCUCUGGCGAUUUGGAAAUUUGCCAUUGUGAUUCUGAAAAAGAAAUAGAUAUCCUAGAAGUUGAAUUUAUAAAUAAUCAAUCAUUGAAUAUCGAAUUUGACUAUUUGGUAAACAAGUCAGUAACAAUGAAUUUGCAUUUGACAGAUAACGAGAUAGUAAUUGUUAAUUCCAGUGAUUUGAAUCUAAUUUUAGUGAACGAUUUGCUGACCAUAAGUGAUGGUGAAUCGGAGAUAUUACUUUUUAAUUUUGCCCCCUUAGUGAGCCUUAACAUAAGUAAAUUUGCUCUACUUAAUGGUGGUGAUGAGUUUCAAUUUAAGGAUAUUCCUUUCUCGGUUAACUAUAACCUCAAUACCUCUGAUUUGAUACCCACCGUUGUCAGAAAUCACAAUGUUACGUCUUUGGUAGACUACAUGAUUCAGAAUCUUAUUAUUCACAUCACUGAUAUUGUUUAUAUUUCAUCUACUUCUGAUUCUUUAGUUGUCGCUGUUAAUUUGAAGAUUUUCACUCCCGAUGACUUAUAUGAUGAUCCUUCAAAACAAUAUAGUCUUAUUACGGAUUAUAUAUCCGAAAAAUUGAUUGAUUUGCAUUUUGGUUAUAAUGGAACCAAGCUUGGACAUGCUAUUAUGAAGGAAAUGGACUUUAAUUCUAGUCGGUUGUAUUCAAAUGUCUCGAUAUUGGUUGACCUCAAUCCUUCAUCGUUUGAUGGAGAAGAUGGUUUGGGCAAGAUAAUGGUUAGAGAAUUAUUGAGUAAUUUCAUAUCCAAUGAGUUCCCAAAAAUUGAAAUCUUUGGGCAUUCAGAGAGCUUUCCAUCUUCCAAAAAGAUAUCGGAGGUUCUUGAAGGAGUGAAUAUUAGUUUCCAGUUACCUGAGUAUAAUUGUCCAGUGAGUCCUACGAAUAAGCAUGAGUAUCUACUAUCGACAUUAAAGGAGGAUGAUAAUCGUGGAGAAAGUACAGGCUUAUCAUUAACAAAUGACAUAUGGGAGCACUUUGGAGAUCCAGGAACUUUUGGUAAAAGUCUGCCUGGUGGGUUCAUUAUUAGUGUUACUAUGCACAUUAUGACGUCUGAGAUUGAAUUUGAAGUACACAAUCCAAUUGUGAACUCUUUUGUGGAUGUUCUAAUUUAUUCGGGGAAAGCAAUAUAUCAUGAUGCUAAUGAGGAUGGAACUCCAAUAGAAAUUGAAUUGGCACAUAUUAAGACGAAUACAAUACUAAGAAUACCACCAGGAGUUUAUAGGACACCAAGGUUACCAAUAACUUAUGAAUCUAAAGGCGUUGCUGGAGAUAUUUUACGUAAGGCAAUCAAUGGAAAGCUAGAUAUAGAAAGCAGAGCAGAAUUUCAAUUGAAGAUUGGUGAUUAUGAUAUUGAUAUGGACUAUUCUGGUGAUGGGACUGUUGCGCAAAUAAGAUUAUGA